AAAUAUGUCCCAUCUUCCCCCACCCUACUAUAUCCCAAAUUAUUAAAAUUUUCAGAAGAUUUUAAGUAAAUAUGGAUGAGACUAAAAGUUCAUUGGUCGAAAAUGCUGGCGGCCAAACUAACCAAAAUGUCGCAAGUUACAACAAUACAUCGCCGCAAAACCACCCGGCGCCACAGCUAAUACACGGACCGGUGCCUGCUCAACAGUUUCAAACAGUACCUGCGCACGUGACGUCAUACACAGCCCAAACUGUAGUGGAACACAAUUCACUUAUCGGUUCCGCUUCAGUACCAGUAAUGCCGAUGUGGUGUGCUGUUACUUGCUUAUUUGUCAAUUGCUUACUGCCCGGGUUCGGAACGAUCAUGGCUUCAUUUUCUGUUAUUUGCUGCGCUGAAGUAAGCCAGAAAAGUAGCGGAAAGGGUGGGACUUUCUGUCUAAAUUUCUGGGUAGGCUGGCUCCAAAUGAUAACGGUGUUUUUCGUGCUUUUCGGUUGGGUUUGGUCAAUCGUUUGGGGUGUUGCAUUUGUACAAGCGGCCGUCAAACGUAACAACACGAUGGUUACAACAACUACAACGAACACGAUGUAUCCUGACAAUCCAAGACUUGUUAAUGAAACUCUUCCUGGUUAUCCACAACCUAACUACGGAGCCAAUAACCCAUCAUUUGCAUAGCCUCAUACCAAACUAAUCGUCCGACUUUUUGUCGGUUUGUGUCUGGCUUUUUUAAUUUUUGUGUAAGUUAACUGAAUGUUUUUACGUCCCAUUUCGUAGUAAACAAAAAACAUUCAAAGAAUUAUAAAACCGCAUCCUCACGACUAGCACGACUGAAUAUAAAGGCUGCCGUGGUCAAAGCAAACGUACAUUACAUAAACGCAAUGCUGUUUAUCUCUUCGAGCUCAAAACACGUAAGUGCCAAUUAAAUUUGAGAGGUGCAGUGGUUAGAGCGAUCGUGCCAGAACCAGAGUUACAGGGUUCGGGGCCGGAUGCUGCCACCAUGGCGGGUGUACGGUAUGCGUCCUUGGGCAAUACGCCAGACUUUCAAUGCUCCAUCCAGUUGCAACUAAUAUGUUGUCGAAUUUGUCAGCCAUAUAGAAAAACAAUUACCCACUAAGUUACAUACGUGGCAAUUUGUAAGCGAGCAAGAGGUGUUAAACAGAACACUCGUGUUAUAACGACUGUCGUUUAAAUAAACCAUGCUUGAUACGCAUUGCAACC